AAUUUACUGGCACGUUUCCCACUCACCUCCACCUUCCGUGCAUGGGACGAUUGGCAAGCUACAGAAAUGAAAUCCUCGAACUCACCGGCAGAAUCUCGUCGUCUCCUUGAUUUUGUACCGUCAAUAAGGCCAUCGUUUCUUUCUGUUGUAUUAGUUUUCGUUUGCGGAUGUCUCUGGGUGAAGAAUGAAACAACAAACGAACGACUGAUCGCGCUGGAAUCUCGCGUUAACCUUUUCCCUUGCGUUCAGAGUGACUCGACUGAAAAUACUGACAGGAUAUCUCUUUCACCAACAAAAGGUAUAGCAAGAGAUCUUUAUAAGAAGGUUCAGACACAUGUAUCCGAAAGGAUCGGUUAUACAUCAGGUAAGAUCUUCACUUCAGAUAUUAUUUAGAUGCAGAUGCUUGUUUAGAACUCAGUUUAUCCUCUUUUGAUUUAGGCAUAUAAUCUUUCAUGGUGUGAGUUUGCGCUUACAUGCGGGAUCAUCUAAGCAGUAUUACAACAGAGCGAGAGUGUUGCAAAAGGGUUUAUACAGUGUUAGAUGAGGUUAAAAAUUCACUAAGCCACCUAUACUGGUAAAACAAUAAAAAAAUUUGUAUAGGUAAUAGCAUGAUUUGUAGUGAUAUUUGGCAUAAAUACCACGAGUGAUAUUUCGAAAUUGUUAUACGUAUUUUGAAAUUUGAGACAAUUUUGAAAUAUCACGAGUGGUGUUUAUGCCAAAUAUCACGUACAAAUCGUGCUAUUAUUUGUUUAUACCACUGCCCGCAAAAGGUUUGUAAUUUUCACGUGUAGGGUAUUUCAAAUUAAGCUGAAAUACCACUGCUCUAGGCCAAUCAAAUUGCAGAAAUUUCUCAUGUAGUGGUAUAAACGGUGUAAAUGAUCGAUGUUGAGUAGUGUCGAUCGACUUGCUCACGUACAAGAUAUGUGGUCAAUACCCAUGGGGGGGGGUCCUUUAUAUAAGCCAUAUAACAGGAGCACACAAAGGAUGUAUAGUUCUUGGCUCUUUUUGGUCUGAAAACGGUUAUAAACGUAGACCAUUUUGGUCUGGAAUUAGGUUUGGUUUUCGAGGAACCUACUCAAUAUACAGUGCACGAUUUGGGGACAACUGAUUGAGGACACAAAGUUUGUGAUCGCAUCACAUGCUCACACAAUCACUAUACCUUAUUAACUUGAAUUUUUAGUAACGUCACCCCAAUAGCAUGCCGGUCUGUUCUACCAUUCACUUAUCAUGUGAGGUGACACAAAUUUGGUUCACGAAUUCUAGUAUCACUACAAGGCUUUAAAACACGCAGCGUCACAAGGCAUCACAAGGUAUCACAAAGUAUCACAAAGUAUCACAAAGUAUCACAAGCUAUCACAAAGUAUCACAAGGCAUCACAAAGUAUCACAAGGUAUCACAAAGUAUCACAGAGUAUCACAAGGUAUCACAAGGUAUCACAAGGUAUCACAAAGUAUCACAAGGCAUCACAAAGUAUCACAAGGCAUCACAAAGUAUCACAAAGUAUCACAAGGUAUCACAAAGUAUCACAAAGUAUCACAAAGUAUCACAAGGUAUCACAAAGUAUCACAAGGCAUCACAAAGUAUCACAAGGUAUCACAAAGUAUCACAGAGUAUCACAAAGUAUCACAAGGUAUCACAAAGUAUCACAAGGCAUCACAAGGUAUCACAAGGCAUCACAAAGUAUCACAAAGGCUAGCGGGUCUCAAGUUAAACAUAAAGAAAUCGAAAGUAAUUUGGUUGGGAAAAUGGGAAAAAAAAAAAGUUAUCCUUUACAACUAAAAUGGUUACAUAGUCCGACUCGCCUCUUAGGAAUUCAUGUCUCUUAUGAUGAGAAGGGUAACAAUGAAUUGAACUUUAAUCUGAAAAUACGAAAACUUCAAACAAAGCUGGAUAUGUGGAGAUCUAGAGACCUCACACUAUUUGGGAAGGUACUGAUAAUUAAGUCCCUAGGAUUGUCACAAUUAAUUUAUUCAGCUUCAAUUCUUAAUGUUCCCGAAGAUAUCGCAAGCACAGUGAAAACAAAGUUUUUUAGUUUCUUAUGGAAAAACAAAAGGGAUAAAAUUAAACGAACUGGGCUCUAUCAGGAUCUGGGAAGAGGCGGAAUACGUAUGGUAGACAUCGACAUAAUGUUUAAAGCUCUAAAACUAGCCUGGAUUCCAAGAUUACUGACUCCAGGGAACCAGAAUUGGAAAACAGUUCCUGAUUAUUACCUAAGAAAAUUCGGAGGUUUGAACUUUUUACUGAGAUGUAACUAUGAUGCGAAAUACAUAAAAUCUAUUCCAUUGUUUUACCGAAAUAUUCUAGUAUACUUCAGUGAAUUCAAAACUCUGUACAGCUUUGAUCAAGCACAAAAUAUAAUUCUAUUCAACAACAAAGAAAUACUUGUUGACAGUAAAACCUUUUUUAUCAGGGAAUGGUUUAAAAAAGGUAUCCUGUCAAUACAAGAUCUCUUAAACAAUACCGGUCAACCGAUGACCUAUCAGGAAUUUACGAAUAAGUAUUCCUGUAAAACUAACUUCCUUCAAUACUAUCAAGUUAUUAGCGCUAUCCCAAAGCACCUAUUAGCCAAAGCAAAAUCAACGAAGCCAAUUAAUAAAGAGUUAUAUUCUGAUAAUAAUCUUAGUCUACAAUUAAAUGAAUCGAGAACUCUAUAUCUGAACAAAAUCAAGACUAGCGACUUCUAUACGUUAUUAUGCACAAAAAUCCACACAACAGGUCAUUCUGGGCCACAGAGAUGGAGCAAAGAUCUUUCCUUGGAUGAAGAUAAAUGGGAAAAAAUAUUCACCUCCCUAAAAACCGUCUGUAGAGAGACCAAAUUAAAGGAAUUUCAAUAUAAAUUAAUCCACCGAAUUGUAGUCACCAAAAAGGAACUUUACCGCUAUGGAAUCAAGGAAGAUGAUGAAUGUAUAUAUUGUGGUGAAAAAGACUCUAUUAAUCAUACUUUUAGAGAUUGUCAUUUCGUCAAGAUUUUCAUUCAACGGGUUAUCAACUGGUUCAAUAUAGAAAACAAGAUCAAUCUCAACCCAUCUAGCGAAGAAAGACUGUUCGGCAUCCUCUCGGACUUACAUGAAAAAGUACUAGUAAGGAAAUUCAAUUAUACCAUGUUGUUUAUGAGAUACUACAUCUACGCCAACAAACUACACAACAAACCAAUUCUCCUCCAAGACUUCGUUGGUAAAAUGAUAAUUAAAUACAGAAUUGAAAAGCUAUAAAAUAGACAUGAAAAGUAACUCCUCUGACCUUUUUUUUUUUUUUUUUUUUUGUUUGUGUUUAUGUGGGGGUGUGUGUGUGUGUGUGAUGUACUAGAAUUGUAAGUAGUGUAACCAUUGUAAUUAUUAGUAGUACGAGCAUCGUAUGGAUGCUAUUGUCAGUAUAGCCAAUAUUGUAAAUAGUGCAAGUAUAGUGAAUAUUGUUAGUAGUAUUUAGUUUCAGUAGUGUUUAGUACUGUAAACAUUUAAUAUAUGUCUGUAAGGCAAAAAUAAAUAAAAAAAACAAAAAAACAAAAAAAAAAACAAAGUAUCACAAAGUAUCACAAAGUAUCACAAAGUAUCACAAGGUAUCACAAAGUAUCACAAAGUAUCACAGAGUAUCACAAAGUAUCACAAGGUAUCACAAAGUAUCACAAAGUAUCACAAAGUAUCACAAAGUAUCACAAAGUAUCACAAAGUAUCACAAAGUAUCACAAAGUAUCACAAGGUAUCACAAAGUAUCACAAAGUAUCACAGAGUAUCACAAAGUAUCACAAGGUAUCACAAGGUAUCACAAGGUAUCACAAAGUAUCACAAGGUAUCACAAAGUAUCACAAGGUAUCACGGAGUAUCAAAAGGUAUCACAAGGUAUCACAGAGUAUCACAAGGUAUCACAAAGUAUCACAGAGUAUCACAAGGUAUCACAAGGUAUCACAGAGUAUCACAAGGUAUCACAAAGUAUCACAAGGUAUCACAAAGUAUCACAAGGUAGCACAAAGUAUCACAAGGUAUCACAAAGUAUCACAAAGCAUCACAAAGCAUCACAAAGUAUCACAAGGUAUCACAAAGUAUCACAAAGUAUCACAAGGUAUCACAAAGUAUCACAAAGUAUCACAAAGUAUCACAAGGUAUCACAAGGCAUCACAAGGUAUCACAAGACAUCACAAAGCAUCACAAGGCAUCACAAAGCAUCACAAGGUAUCACAAGGUGUCACAAAGUAUCACAAAGUAUCACAAGGUAUCACAAAGUAUCACAAAGUAUCACAAGGUAUCACAAGGCAUCACAAGGUAUCACAAGGCAUCACAAGGUAUCACAAGGCAUCACAAAGUAUCACAAAGUAUCACAAAGUAUCACAAAGGGAACUCACCUUUACCGUAGCGCUUUUAUCUCACGGGAAAAACAUUACAUUCACUAACAUUGCACUCUUUUGAGUGCGCAAUUCAACUGAACAGAAACUAAACAAAGCAGCUUCUUUUUUCAAAAUAUUUGCAUAAGAUGUUUAACAUUUCCGAAAUCUGUUACGUCAAUACAGGAUGAGUUAUGUAGCAAAACGAUUCCUUUAUAUAUUGUGACAAGGGUUUCACUACGAGAUUGUGCUCUGUGCAAAAAUCAGGGAAAAGACAUUUUCUUAUUACGCGUGCAAUUAUGGUGCAUAAGCUCACCGUUUUGCUUGUUUGUUUGUUUUUCUUCUUUCUUGUUUGCAUUUGACGAUUCUCAUUAAGAUGUAAUAUGGGGUUGACAGGCCUAAACGACUACACGACGGCCCUCUUUUACAAGAUACGAGGGCAGGUUCUAGUUUGUAGAUUUCGCUCAGUAAUGGUUGUUGUUCUAUUAAAUGCCAGUUUUUCAUGAGAAUUUGCUUUAGGUUAGGCACUGAUGGUUGGUAUUGUGUGACAAAAGGCAAGAUUCGUUGGUUUGUCUUUGGUUUCUGUUGAAGGGCUAGUUUCCUGUCUUUGAAGUUCACCUCUGAGAGGGUUGUGUUAAUGAGAUCCUCUGGGUAACCUCUGUAGCAGAUGCGCUUUGAAAUUUGUAAUUUUCUCUUCGAAUAUUAUUUUGGAAGAGUUUGUUCUGAGGAGUCGGAGGGCUUCCCCCUUUAAUGAAGCCUUUUUUAACUCCUUGCGGGUGACAGGAACCAAAAUGGGUAUACUGAAAUGUCUCAGUUGGUUUGAAAUGAGUACGCACAUCAAGGGUUGCGUCUCUUUUGAAUCUUUCCCCUUUGUAGAUGUAGGUGUCCAGGAAUGCUGUUUCCUUAUCGGAAAUUUCAGCCGUAAAUUUGAUCGUAGGGUGAUGAUUGUUUGCUUGUUCAAUGAAAUGUUCUAUUCUGUCUCUGUUUGUAGUCCAGAGCGAGAAGAUGUCGUCUAUGUAACGUUUCCAAACGAGCGGUUUAAAAAGGCUUUGGCUAAGGAUUUCCGUCUCUACCUUGUUCAUGAAUAUAUUAGAAAAGGCGACUGCCAUUUCCGUGCCCAUGGCCGUACCAUGUGUUUGAAGGCAGUUUUUUCCAUUAAACUGGAAAGAAUUUUCUUGGAGAAUUAGCCUGAGCGCUCGUUUUAGUAGAAUAUUUCGUAUGCUCUGCAUACCGUGUCUAUCCCCUCCUCUUGCGGUAUAUUUGUAUACAAGCUCGUAACGUCCAUUGAAACAAGUAUGACCUCCGCUGGCACUUUCGUAUUUUCUAUGAAAUUAACGAAGUCGGUAGUAUCUUUAAGAUACGACUUUUGUUGUUGUGCUAUCGGCUGAAGGAGUUUGUCGACAAAUGAUGAUAAUUUCUCCGUUGGGCCAUCACACCCUGAUACUUCAAGGGCUACUGAUCGUUGUAUUGGUAGUUCCCAUUCAGAUUUGACAUGGUAAGGAUGGGGUUCAUUGUUUUCCCCUCGAAAUAUGUACAUUAGACGCAUUCUUCUUGCAAACUGAUCAAAGUCACGCAAGAGUUGUUGCCUGAUUUGUGUUUGUUUUGUAACGAGUGUUGGAAUGAAUUUAAGCCCUUUUGCCAGUAAAUUAAUCUGGGCGUCGAUAAAACCAGGAACAUGGAACAUUCCGGAACAUGAAAAAAUAAAAAUAAUUUUCAUGAAAAAAAAAUAUAAUAAAAUAAUAAUAAUAAAAUAAUUUUUGUAAAAAUUAAUAAGAACGUAAAAUAACAAAAAAAAGCAAAAAAUAAUGAAAUUAAAUAAUCAAGAAAAAGAAACUGGUAUCCUCUCUGAGUAUGAGAAAACAAUAUUUUGUCGCAACAAAUUAAAAUUUGUUGGGCGAGUGAGGGUUCAUGCAAAUGACAGUAAUGAGUGAAGGUUUGCUUCUAAAUUCAAAAUAUAUUAAAAUGGGUCGAGAGGAGGGGGUUUUCAAGCUUUCCUCACACAACCACCUCUUGUAAUUGUUUACCAUGAGUUAAUCAUUUGGCGGUUAUCCAUUUAUGGUUCUGCGAUGGUCUGAAAUGUCGGUGCAGUAUUUCAUGUCAAGCCAAGUCGGUAAGUAACUCAUGUCAAGCCAACAUAUAGUCUCCUUAUAUAUAACCGACAUUUGCUUACUUGAGGUGCUAAUUGCUUCACUUGAGGUUGACAUGAAUUACUUACAGACUAGGCGUCUCUGUAAACUUAAGAAGAGUAUAGGGGCUCCUGUCUUUGGAUUUUAGUGGAUAAUACUCACAUUCGUAGUAGUUUCUAUACUGUUUACAGUCAGCAUGAUAUUUCAGACGUCUCCUCGAGUCGCAAGAGGAGUUUGCAGAGAGACGACUAAAAUUCAGGCUAACUGAUAACAGUUAGAAACUACCGCUGCGCUACCACUGCCACUGCAACUAUUCUGCGGCGAAUGUGAAUGUUUAAUUUAAUUAUCCAAGUCCAAAGCGACGAGCCACUAAGCUCUUCUUACGGUCGCAAAGCCGUAAAUUGAUAACCGUUAAACCGCAUGGCAAACAUUUACAAGAGGUGGCUGUGUGAGGAAAGCUUGAAAACCCCCUCCUCGCAACCCAUUUUAAUAUAUUUUGAAUUUAGAAGCAAGCCUUCACUCAUUACUGUCAUUUGAAUGGACCCUCAGUCACCCAAAAAAUUCAUUGGGACAAAAUAUUGUUUUCUCAUACUCGGAGAUGAUACCAGUUUCUUUUUCUUUCUUUCUUUCUUUGCUUCUUUAUUUUUCGUUUUUAUGUUAUGUUAUGUUGUGUUAUUUAUUUUGUUAUUAUAAAUUUUUGCAAAAAUUGUUUUCUAUCUAUUAUUCUUUUUAUUAUUAUUCAUAAUAAUAAUAAUAAUUAUUAAUAUUUUUAUUUCAUUAAUUAAUUAUUUUUUCCUAAAAAAAUAUUUUAAUUUUUUCAUGUUCCGGGAUGUUCCGGAAUGUUCCGGAAUGUUCCGGAAUGUUCCAUGUUCCGGAUUUUAUCGACGCCCAAUUAAUCUGGUCAUUUGUAAGUUCUUUGUUUGAGAGUUUUUUUAAUGUGUUUUUUUGUUCGCCUCUAUUGUGAUAGUUUUUCUGGCGUCUGACCUUUCUGCGCUCUUUGCGCUUAUUAGUUGCUAGCCGUUUGGCUUUUAAAAUUUGUUUUUUGGCCCCAUGUUUGUGGUGGGAGUCAGAGAAUACACAUGUGUACUUUUGAACUUCUCUAUUUUCAAUUGCUCCUAGUUUUUCCAUCAUAUUGCCGAACUGGGCGAUUUGUGCCAAAGUGUUUUACUGUUUCGAUCGUUACGUUGUUUUCAGCUUGCGCUGCGCGCGCUGGUUCAAUCAUACUACAGUUCUUAGUGUUCAGUGCUAUAGCCGGUGCGGCUCGCUUUCCUUUCACGGUUUCGGCCUUAAAACGGCCGAUUUCUCGUUGAUGGAAUCGUAUAAUCGCAUUGAGUGUUUCUUGCUCCUCGUUCUUACGGAUUUGUUUUAUCUCUCUACGAAGCAUCUAAGCUUUGGGUACGAAUCAUCUUAGCGUUGGGUACGAAUCAUCUCAACUUUGGGUACGAAACGUCCGUGGGUACGAAACGUCCGGUAAGCGUCACAAAAAGAGUGUUUCUUGACCAUUUUAUGCUCGUUCGAAGGAUCGAAAGUCCUGUGUUUCUCUCGUUGACCCUCUUGUCUGAGGUCAUCGACUGAGAACGAUUUCCGAACCCGCUUCUUGCUAGUCAUUAUCAAGAGGACGAUUGUAUCUGAAGCACCAAAUAAUAAAACAGCAAACUGUUUUCAUUAACUCUUUUGUCUAAACAAACUAUCACACUAAGCCACGCACAAACAAUUCAGCCGAAGAAGCGACAACCGGAAAUACGUCGGUGAUAUCCUGUGAUGUAUCAUCAAAUAAACAAUGAAAAAAGACUCUUAAAUAAUUCUUUUGUUUUAACCUGAUAACGCGAAAUCAAAGCAAAAUAACACGGCUUUCCAAAUAAAUCACCCUCGCAAGACAACAACUUUAAGUUCCUUACCACUAUUGAAAUCGGUGAACAGCAAAUAAAUGAAUCAAUGAUUACCAAAACUUCCCGGAGCCGAAGAGAUUAUUAACCAUUAUUUCAUACUGAGCGAUAUCCUUUGAAUGUUCCUAUGUGGCAUUGUGACAUUGCCAACGUUAGGAAGAUUGAUUAUGGUACACUCACACCUUCUCUCUUGUCUUUAAGUUCAGUACGCAAAUUGUGAUGUUGUGAUGCUCACAAAUUGCAAGGCCCAAUCCCCCACUCCCCAAAUCGGGCACCAAGUGCUGGAGCGUAUGCAUAAAUGUAGUUAUCGUUUCAUGCUCAGUUCCACAUGAAUAAGAACGAAAUAGAAAUAUGUGAAUUCGAAAUGCAUUUGAAGAAUUUUUUUGUUUGCGCUCUAAUCUAAGUAAUGAUGACACAGUUUCUUUCUAAAGGCCAGGUCUGAAAACAGGUAUACACUGAGGUCUGCAUGGUCUGAGAACGGGUGGGGAAAAUUGGUCUGAAAUAGCACUGUCUGAAUAAAAUUGUUAGGGUGGCGUAAAAUUUGAGAUAUUUUUGAAAGGUUAGCCCCUAGAGGAGUUCAGUUAAGGAGUCUUAGGGCUUGCCGGGUUACUUGAUAAAACCUUUGGUAACUCUGAUAGGGUGGCAUGAUUGAAAGUACGUUUAUUGAACGGUCUCAGUCGGUUUGAAACCCGGGGGCACUUAUUGACUACAAUGGGGUCGCAUUUUCAAUAGAGUUACUAGAAUGGGUCGCACAUUUUCCAAAUUUUUGUGGUAAGACAGUUCUUCUUAUUUACUGUUAGCAAACGUACCAGAAUGCUUGUACUGUAGGUGAAAAGUAAAGUUUUCUUCAUACAGUUUUAAAAAUGGGUCAAUUCAUUAAAAAUAAAAAGUGACUAAGCUGGGAUCGCCAAAAUUACAUAUUUGCCCAAAAGUGACCAAGAUAGGGUCUAUAAUUGGUCACAGAAUAGACUAUAAUGGGGUAGGCGCUCCUAGACGCCAGCGUCACAUACCCAGCAAAAAUUUACCCAAGUACCCUUCCCCCCGGGAUUGAAAUGUGUGCGUAGAUCUAGAAAUCUAGAAUGUCAGCUUGGCUUUCCCUUAGAAGCAACAAGGGAAGAGGCGUGAGGACAAAUUGAAAAGUUGUUAACCUUGUUGUUGAAUGCAACUUCCAAAACGUUGUUAAUUUUAUGAUAGAAAUAUCAACCUUAUCAUUCCUUCCUUUGAUUUGUUCGUCAUCGUUAUUUAUUUUUAAUAUAAUCAUUGGAUAUUACUUUACUGCAGUCAGCCCGUUAUCAUUAGAGGCAUCAGCAACCAUCCGCUUAAGGAAGCGAAGAAACGUUUUGAACGACACUUCAACAGGCAUCACCAUACAUGAAGUAAGAAAAGAAAUCAGCAAACAGUUUGAACAACUUAUGCCCACCAAGUACUGUAAGUCAACUGAGAAAGUCUGUCCUGCAGGUCCCCCCGGAUAUCCUGGUCCCAUUGGAGCGAGGGGACCACGUGGCAGGAGGGGACCAAAAGGAAAGAAAGGUCCUCAAGGUCCCAUGGGACCUCCUGGAAAAUCCGAAAAAACAGGAAUAACUGGUCCUGCUGGACCGAGAGGAGAAAAGGGAGAUAAAGGAGAACCUGGGCCAAAAGGCAUGCCGGGACCACCUGGAAGGCCUGGAAAAUCGAUAUCUGCUCCACAAGUGUUGUUGACGCCAGCAGAGCAGACACGAGAUGAGGGAGGAAAUACGGCAUUUUAUUGCACGGUCGCCGGAAAUCCUUCCCCAGUCGUGGAAUGGCAAUUUAAGGGCAUAAAGCUUCUGUCCGGUGAAAAGUAUUUGAUUAAAGAAGGAGAGUUGAUCGUUAGAAAUCUGAAUUACAGCGAUGCUGGGCUGUACACAUGUGCUGCUAGGAACAUUCUUGGAUCGUCCGAGGCCACUGGUAACUUGUCUGUUCGAGGUGAGAGAAGUAUUUCAUUCUUGAGGUUUGUUGUAUAACAGGCCGUCAAAUUUUGUUUGUUAUAUCAGUAUAUGUUACAUGUUCUUGCAAGGUAAUAAGGUUGCGAGAAUUGAACGGCGCAUAAACAUCUCAAGAAAACUAUACGAUGUGAAGGCACACUGACAGAACAUCAUCCUCACCUGACCUUUAUUUUGACACGCUUUCAGAAUCCGGUUAAGGCUUUAGUAGCCGUCAGACUACGACUUCUUGAAAAAACCCUUUAACAGAUUUGCCAGCCAAUAACUAAUUGGUUUCAUCGCUCCUUUUUUUCUGUUAUGCAAACGAACAUUUCUUGUGCAAAGUUUCCCGGUAAAGGAAAUACCUAAUUUGUCAUUUUUCGAAGUUGUAAUCCUGCCGUUCCCCUGAGGGUACUUCUUCUAAUGUCCUGGGUGGAGAGGCUAUUUCCGAAAGGGGUACCAUUUUGAGGCUUCAGGUAUAUGGAAGGGUUGGUGUUUUACUAGCUGAAGUACAUAAUAGUGUAGAGAACUCUGUCAUUUCGGUCUGUAGGAAGAUCUAAAAGGGCUAGCGGAAGGAUUUUAUGGCUGUGAAAAAGUCGAGAAAUUUUUCUGCCUUUGUGAUUUAUUCAUAUCUUAAAGACAGUGCGUUGAUCUCCCUUCAUGCAAAGUUCUAAACUACGCAUGUGAAAGGGGCAUCUUUUCUGUUGAAAGUUACAUAAUAUUAUGUUGUUGGACCUCGGGGCGGAGCCUCCAAGUAUAAAACUGUGUUGAGUACCCCCCUCCCUCCCCUCCUUCCCGAUGUCGUCCAUGUAGUUUUAGUAUGUAAACCUGAUAAUUAUUUUUUCAGGUCUUCCCAUAUUCACAAAAGUUCCACCUUUACUUGCUGCACCGGUACAAGGCACUACAUUCCAAGUAACGUGUAAAGCUGAAGGCUAUCCUCGUCCCGUCGUAACCUGGACUAGAGUAGGAAUGCCUUUACCUGCUGGAAAAACGAAAAUAAACCAAGGCACACUCACCAUUAACAACUUGAUUCCUGCCGACACCGGUUUAUACAACUGUGUAGCUACUAAUAUCAUGGGAACAAAGAAAAGUAGGGUGAGCGUGGCAGUGCAGCGUAGCUCAGCUGCAGGUUUGUCUUAGGCUGCAAGGUCCGCACAGACAUAAAUUAAACAUUUAGUAACAUAAACAUCAGGCCCCAGUUGUUCAAAAGCUGGAUAGCGCUAUCCAUCGGAUAAAUCACUAUCCAGUGGAUAAGUAUUAGGGAAACCAAUUGCACUAUCCACUGGAUAGAGAUUUAUCCACUGGAUAGCGCUAUCCACGUUUUUGCCUAAACUGACGCCUGGUGACCUUUGUUAAAGGUCACAGAGAUCGCAAGACCAAGGGUUCCUGAAUCCUGUUUAAGACUACUUUAAUAGGCUUAGCUGACUCAGACUACAGUGUAUACUUAAGUGGAAUGUAAAACAUAUAGGACCGCCGUUGGUGAUGGCCUUUUAUUUAUUGUUAAAAAGCAGUGUCGUUGUUAAAGGCUAAAUAUGCUUGUGUUGCAAUUGUUUAAAGGGAAAGAAGGAGGGAAGCCUAUACUCGAGUUUAAGUAUAAAUCCUAAAAUUUGCUCUCCAGAAAAUAAAGUGACUUUUGCUAUCUAUCCUCUAGUCACUCGCAAUGUUACACUUGUUAAAGGAUUAAUUUGAUGCCAAAUUUUUAAACAGUUCUACUUGGCUUCAACAGAGUUCUUUUGUCAAAUAGCAAAAGUCGAAUUUUUUUCCCCAGGUUUGCACGACUCUGUUAUUGUGGGAAACAACAAAAAUCACUUAACCUCGUUAAGCAACUGGCUUGCACCUGUCACAAAAAGCGUCAAUUCUCUCUGGAAGCGCUGCUGGCGUGCAUCCGUGGACGGCUGGGCUGCGAGUACAUUUCACUCACGAUGUGACGGCAAGGGCCCGACUGUGACAAUAAUAAGGGUCGGGAGAUAUAUUUUCGGAGGAUACGCAAGUAUUUCAUGGGGUAAGUGAGCAUUGUAAUCCAUGGCAGUGGCAUCUAUACCUUUGACGUAAUCAGUUGGCAUUGAUAUGUUCAGCUAAAAGUGGAGCUUGGUACUUAGCAAUAUGGAAUCAUGUGACUCUACCUUUCAUACAUGGUUAAGUAGAGGCGGACAAAGGUUCUAGGUUAAUAGCUCUAGAUGCGGGCCCAUUUCCCCUCGUUCCUCAAGGGGCGAGGACCGCCCCUCCUACACUCACAUGGUGUGAAUGAGCGCCACCCCCCACCCCUCUUCUCAAGUUCUGAUUCUGCAGAUGAUAAGUGAUGCAUUUCUAGCCUGUCAAAACGGGUCCAAAUUCCAGGCUAACGCUAUUACAAUAAUAAUUUUUAGGUUACAAAGUAUCGAUAUUGUUCUGACUUUCUUGCCACCCUGCUAUCUUCCAUCCUUCAAUUACCAUAUUGCAAAAGAAGCGACUAACGUACUACAUCGCAAGUUUUUGGUGAAAUCCGCAAAUUUUGGCAAAGAAAAAACACGCUCUCUUGACAUGUCCACGUACCUGAUACACCGAGACGAAGGUUCAUUUCACCGAUCAAACUUUCGUAAUUUUGCCUAAGUGAAAUGUUGCGAAGAGGAUUCUUCUCUUCGGAUUCGAACGUACUUAAUAGACUGAAAUGGGUGACAGAAAUACAUAAUGUUUUAUACCUUUUCAAGGAUAAAGGCUCCUAAAACUCUUUAUUGUCUGUUUCCUUUUAUUGUCUUCUUAAUACAGUACCCUUAAAAUCAAACGAAGUAUUAAUUUACCAAUAAAAGUGUAUUGCGACAUGCACCAGUUCAUGUAAAAAAGAAGCUUCUAGCUUCGGUAAGUGGUAAAAAAGACAAAAACAGAUAAAUUUGGAGAUUUGCUCCAUAAAGUUAUAAAAGAACAUAACUUAUUAAUUAUUAAUUUUUUCCCAGAUCUAUUGCUUGUAAUUGCAAAUCUUUUAAAAAUAACAUCUCCCACAGGCCGGCACCUUAGCCUCGGUGAGCUUGCAGCCACAUAAAACUUUCUCCUGAGCGGACGAACCACGCUUGCCUUUAGUAUAGCUGUAUCUUUUACCAAAAUACCUGAACGUAAAUAAUAAUGCAAUAAAAUAAUAUUCAUACUAAUGAUAAUGAUGAUGAUGAUAACAAUAAUAAUAAUAAUAAUAAUAAUAAUAAUAAUAAUCUUCAGAUAGUCAUUUUACGACAUUUCUUUUUCGUACACAAGAAGAAUGUACAUAGGGUAUAUAUUUUAAUAUUUCAUAUUUUUGAAUCUGUAAAUGGUCUAUUUUUUUUCAAUCUAUGAAUAAAGUUUUGUAUUAAAAUUAAUGAUAAUAAUAAUAAUUAUUAUUUUUCAAUCGAAAUUAAGUGUCUUCUUUUAAUCGAAAGGAAUAAUGUAAAUAGUGCUUGGACGGAAUAGUUUUUUAAGUGAAAUUAAUUGUAAAUAGGAUUUUAUAGUUAGCUUUGUUAUCAAUAAUAAUAAUAAUAAUAAUAAUAUAAUAAUAAUAAUAAUAAUAAUGAUAAUAAUAAUAUUGAUAAUGAUAAUGAUAAUAAUAAAGAAGACAUAGAAACUGAUUUCGUUUUUGAUAAAUGACGAACAUUACUGAGACAAUCGAUCGAAUUUGUUUUAUGAGAAUAAGGUAUUAACUGUUUUUAAUUAAUGUAAUAAUAAUCAUCAUCGUCAUCAUUAUGACAGGUACAAGGACAAUGUCGCUAACUUGUCUUAGAAAAGUUUUGUUUCAUUUCUUUUAGCUCCUGGUUCUUACGGGUAUCAAUACGACUCAAAAGCCUUCUUAUUUUCGCUGGUAAACAAGCAAGGAUGGGCGCCUGUCAAAUUGUCUCAGUCAGGGAUAUCUAGUUCUAGCAGAGCACAUUCCAUAUUCUUUAGCUCAUCCUAUGGGCCUACAUUCGGAGGAGGAAAUGACAUUACCAUCAGAAACUACGCGUCAUCUAAUAGCAAUUCUUACAGCGACCUUGGCUAUACUUACAGCCCACCGAGCGGAUACAGCUACACCAGCACCUUCGCACGAACAUUCCUGGCAGGAACUUACCAGUUCACACCAGACGAAGUUGAAACCUUUUACGAAACAACCUAAUUAAUAUAAUGCGUGACACUGGCUUUGAUAUUUGAGCUGAGCUUAUUGUACAAGUAGACGCUUAGAGGUGAACGAGUCUGCAGCACUAAGAAAGCCCCUUAUAUCUAAAUCACAACACAAUCAUUAGAACGUAUACUACAUCAUUUUACAAACAAACGAAAAAUAGAAUUGUCAAAAAGAGAAAUGAUUUUGAUAUCUACAACUGGUCCAACUGCUCUGAUUAUAAAUAUAAAUGGCUGAUAAAAGCGUGUUAUAAAGUAUCUCCCCAGCUGUUCACAGCACCAUGUAGGCCUAAACCCAACCCUAAUCUUUUUUCUCCUGGGUACGAGUCUAGCUGGGGAUAGCUAUACAGAAAAUAGUUACAUCCUUAUCGUGAGGGCAAAGAAAUCUCAGCUUCCGAGUAAACAAAGUUAAAAAAAAAAAAGCAGUACAGUGAUAUUUUACU